CGCAUCAUGCAUGUGUCAAGCAAGAUCAAGUGGACUCGCGUAUGUGUGUAUCGAGCGAGUCGAGUGAUGUCAUCCGAAUAGAGUUGUCAUCCGUUUAAUCAUCAGGCAGGUUAUACAUACCGUCGAAGAGAUUCGAUAUGAUCAUCGCCACUGUCAAGACGCACUAGACUGAUCUCAGAUGCGCUUCUGACACCUAAAAUCCAGCAGGCGUAAAUCCGCGAUUUUUGACGGGAGAGACCGUGAAACGAGAUUGGUGAGACGGGCCGUGAUUGAGACGCGACGAUGUUCUCGAGCGGGCCGAACUACACGAAGCUGAAGACGCAUCUGCGUCUGGCGAUCAACCGGCUAAAGUUGCUGGAGAAGAAGAAGACGGAGCUGGCGCAGAAGGCACGCCGCGAGAUCGCCGAUUACAUCGCCGCUGGCAAGACGGAGCGCGCCAAGAUCCGGGUGGAGCACAUCAUCCGUGAGGACUACAUGGUGGAGGCGAUGGAGCUGUUGGAGAUGUACUGCGACCUGCUGCUCGCGCGGUUCGGUCUCAUCCAGCAAAUGAAAAACCUCGACGAUGGUCUCGCGGAGGCGAUAUCCACUAUUCUCUGGGUAGCGCCUCGUAUCCAGACAGAUGUGCAGGAGGUCAAGGUGAUAGCAGACAUUCUGACGUCCAAGUAUGGUAGACAAUAUACGGAGGCAUGCCGCGAAGAGGCGAUCCAGACGAUAUCGGAGAAGCUGAAACACAAGAUGAGCGUGCAGUCGCCGUCGAAACUGCUCGUCGAGAAAUACCUAAUAGAGAUUGCAAAGAAUUACAACGUGGAGUACGAGCCAGAUCCGCAAGUGAUGGCAGAAGCGCAGGACGCGAUGCUGAUAGACAUAGGAGCCAACGGAGGAGAAUCGAGGAACAAUCUGGACACGGCCAGUGGUGGAGGCAUGCCCCAUCCGCCUGGAUUCAUAGGUUUCCCACAACCACCCCUGUUGCCCGAUCCGAAUUCUGGAUUCCACACGAGCACGGAUUCGGAAAAGAAUUCAGACACUUCAUCCAUAGGAUUCGUAUCCCCGACGUCGCCACCUUCUGAGAAGGACCAGAACACUCCCUUCAAUCCUGCAGCGUUUUCAUACAAUAUACCUCUGGAUAAUGCUAACUCAAACAAACCCGAGGAGGAUCUACCACCACCGUAUCCCAACUUUCCGCCCGAUUUAAACAAACAGUCGGAUGAGAAACCGAAACCCCAGCCGAGGUCGAAGAUGCCAAUGAACAAUUAUCAGCUUCCAGAUCUGCCGGCGGUGCCGACAGAGAGUAACGAUCCGCCCGCGAACUCGGCUCAGAACGACGACAUUGAUUUCGACGAUCUGAUGAAACGAUUCGAGGACUUGAAGAAGAGGAAGUAACGCUCGGCAGUGGACGGAUAUUACGUACGAAACGUGUUGUUCCCAUUUUUGCUUUAUCAUCGCGAGACGAUGUGCGACGUUGUAUUUAGUAGUGCCUUCCAGAAAAAAAAAGAGGGUUCCUAGGUUUUAAGACGAUGCGAUACGGUGCUUUUGCGAGAAAAGAGAAACGAAAAUGAUUAGUUGUGCGUCCACCCGUGCGAGAAUGUCAAGUAUGUAUAAAUUGUUAUAAUGUUAAUUGACAUACAACGUGUUAAUUUA